CAGAGGUGGAUAGCAAAUUAAAGUGCAAGUUGCAACACUGAUACUGAUUCUAAUAGAAUAGCUGUAUUAUUCAAGAUGUCGGCAACUGAGGGACAAGUAAUCAAGUGCAAAGCAGCUGUUGCUUGGGAGGCAAAGAAGCCGCUAGUUAUUGAGGAAAUCGAGGUGGCACCACCAAGGGCCCAUGAAGUCCGCAUUAAGAUCACGGCUACUGGAGUGUGCCACACGGAUGCCUAUACGCUGAGCGGCGCUGAUCCAGAAGGUCUGUUUCCAUCUGUGCUGGGCCACGAGGGUGCUGGUCUUGUAGAGAGCGUUGGCGAGGGUGUGACCAAUUUCAAGCCCGGUGACCAUGUUAUUGCACUUUAUGUACCCCAGUGCAAUGAAUGCAAGUUUUGUAAGAGUGGCAAGACUAAUCUUUGUCAGAAGAUUCGCGUUACCCAGGGUAAUGGUGUAAUGCCCGAUGGCUCAACACGUUUCACGUGUAAGGGACAGCAGUUGUUCCAUUUCAUGGGUACCUCUACCUUUUCGGAGUACACUGUGGUAGCCGAUAUAUCGCUUACUAAAGUAAAUGAAACUGCACCUUUGGACAAGGUGUGUCUGCUGGGCUGUGGUAUUUCCACUGGAUAUGGUGCUGCGUUGAACACAGCAAAGGUGGAACCCGGCAGCACAUGUGCUGUUUGGGGCCUCGGUGCAGUUGGCUUAGCAGUAGGACUUGGCUGCAAGAAGGCUGGCGCGAGCAAGAUCUUUGGCAUCGAUUUAAACCCCUCAAAGUUUGAAUUUGCCAAGAAAUUUGGUUUCACUGAUUUUGUAAAUCCCAAGGAUGUAGCCGAUAAGGGGUCAAUUCAAAACUAUUUGAUUGAUUUAACAGAUGGUGGUUUCGAUUACACAUUCGAGUGCAUUGGCAAUGUAAACACCAUGCGUUCAGCUCUAGAAGCCACUCACAAGGGAUGGGGUACAUCUGUUGUUAUUGGAGUCGCUGGUGCAGGCCAAGAGAUUUCAACUCGUCCAUUCCAGUUAGUUGUUGGCCGCGUCUGGAAGGGCAGUGCCUUCGGUGGCUGGCGCUCAGUCUCGGAUGUGCCUAAGCUUGUGGAGGAUUACUUGAAAAAGGAUCUGCUUGUGGACGAGUUUGUUACCCACGAAAUGUCAUUGGACGAAAUAAAUAAGGCUUUUGAUCUAAUGCAUAGUGGAGAGAGCAUUCGUUCAAUUAUUAAAUACUAAUGAAAACCAGUGAACCCCAAACUAUUACACAAUUUUAUAUUUUUGUACUAUUUAAGUGGCUUUAGAUUGCCAAACAGUUGUGUGA